ACACACACACACACACCUAUAUAUGACAGCCUGAGAAGCAGACACACUUCAUAAGUGAGAGUUUGAGUCUAAAGAUCAAGACACAAUAUUGAGAAGAUUAAUAAAAAGGAGCUUUUUGGAUUCACCUGAAAACACUGAAACACCAACGACGAUCAUCAUCAUCAUCAGCUGCACAGCUAUAAAUUGGGAAAUUGAACUCACGACAACUCACGAAUCACAAUUAUCCUGAGGAACCAAGGAUGUCUUUAUACGGCAGCUUUCUGUCCGACGAGCAGUUCCUGUGCUCCAUCUGCCUCGAUGUGUUCAACAGCCCUUCGUCCACGCCGUGCGGCCACAGCUUCUGUAUGGCCUGCAUCAGCAGAUACUGGGAUGGAUGCCAGGUUUGCCAGUGUCCUCUGUGUAAGAAAACCUUCCCGAAGCGACCGGACCUGCAGAUCAACCGGACGCUGCGGGAGAUCACCGAGCAGUUCAGAUACAUGAAGGGAGGAGGAGGAGGAGGAGUGGGGACGGAGAAGAAGAGAGGAGGAAGAGGAGAUGGAAACGUACCUGAUUAUUUAUUUGAUGAACUGAAGAAGAAGUUUCCUCGAGCGCUGCCAGAGCCGCUGACGUGUGAGACUCGGUCACUGGUAAACGACCCCAUCCCACAGCUGCUGGCCUCUUCGGCGCCGCCCCCCCCGCAGCUCUGCCCCUCCAGCAGCCGCAGACGCUUCACCAUGAGCGGGGCGGUGAGCAGCCAGAGCAUCGCUAUCUGUGGGAUCCACAGCAGGGGCAUCAUGGUUUACUGUCGGACCGACCGAGUGUGCAUCUGUCCCGAGUGCAAGGCCGAGCAGCAUCAGGAUCACGACACAGUGUCUGUGGAGGACGAGUGGAGGGAAACUAGGUCGCAGCUCAGUGUGUCGCAGGAGAUCCAGGAGAUGAUCAGAGAGAGAAUCAGGAAGAUUGAAGAGAUCAGAAUGUCAGUGAGUGAACUGGAGUUGGCGGUGGAGCGAGAGACGGCCGGCAGCGUCUGCCUCUUCUCCGCCCUGGCGUCGGCCAUCGAGCGCUCGCAGGCGGAGCUGAUGGAGGUGAUGGAGAUGAGCCGGAGGUCGGCCGAGCACCAGGCCGACGCCAUGGUAAGACAACUGGAGCUGGAGGUCCAGGAGCUGCGGAGGAGAGCCAGCGCCCUGGCCGAGCUCGCCCAGUCAAACGACCCCAGCCACUGCGUCAAGACGUUCCACGUGCUCUCCAGUCCUCCUCCCACCAAGAACUGGUCCGGGGUGUCGGUGACCUCUGACCUGGGAUCAGGGACCAUCUACAGGUCGCUGGCCGCUCUGCUGGAGAAGUUCCAGGAGGAGCUGAGGAACUUCGCAGAAAAAGGUUUUCCCGCCUCGGCGCUGGAGCCCAGUCCCGUCCGAACGCAGCCACGAAUGAGGCGGGUGCAGGAGUAUGCACUGGACGUAACUCUGGACGGCAACUCCGCUCAUCCACGACUGAUUGUGACGGACGACAUGAAGAGUGUGAGAUGUGGCGAGCGACACCAGCUGCUCCCUGACAACCCGGAGAGGUUCGACAGAGUCGUGUGUGUCCUGGGGAGCGAGGUCAUCUCCUCCGGGAGACACUACUGGGAGGUGGAGGUGGGCGGGAAGACGGACUGGGAUAUGGGCGUGGCCAGAAAAUCCAUCAGCAGGAAGGGGAAGAUCGACGUGACCCCGGAGAACGGAUACUGGUUCCUCAGCCUCAGAAACAAGAACAAAUACGCCUUUCGCACUGAACCCUCCACAGACGUGUGCCUGACCCUCCGGCCUCAGAAGAUCGGCGUAUUUGUGGACUUUGAGAAAGGACAGGUGUCGUUCUACAACGUCGAUGCUAAGAUCCACAUCUACACUUUCAGUGACCCCUUCACCGAGUGCAUCCUCCCGUUCUUCAGCCCGUGCACGAAUAAAUCCGGGAAGAACGAGGCGCCGCUGGUCAUCACCCCAGUGAACACCACAGAGUGACACAGGAGAGACACUGCUGGUUAUCUGUUGUUCUUCUUCACCGCCUGUGCACUGAAGUUUCCCUGUAGGAACAUUUACAUCCUGGCAGAUGUUGUCGUCUGACUGAGAAUUCAGGUUUAACAUCUGGAUGUGUUUUAAAUUAUUCACUGAUAAAAAAAAAUCUAAUGCUCCAAAUAUCUGCAUGUUUGUAUUCAAAUAUUAUUUUUCUGUGGAUUUGAGCCUCAGAGGAACAAUUUGCUGAUAAUUUGCUGAGACCAGAUUUAAUAUUAAAAGCCAGUUUAGCUCAGCUCAGCAUAAAGACUGUGAAAUGUCCUCAUACAUAAACACAAACUAUAGUAUAAACUGUAUAGACAAUGCAUUAGCAAGUUAUAUAACAUUACAUCAAACUAAUAAAUGUUUAUUUCUGUGUAAAAUAUGUUUUUUUUCUCCUCCAGUGUAAAAUUCAUAUUCCUCCCAAAUCCCUCUGCUUUACUUCAGUGGGUUGACCACCAGGGGGCAGAUUUGUCUGACGUUUCUCUGCAGAUUCUCAAACACACAAGUUUCAUUUCUUCGUUUAAAUCUUCCAAAUGAAGCCAAAUCAAUUUUAAUUUCUCCAACUAUUACAAAUGUGCAUUACUUUCUACUUCUACUCCACUACAUUUCACCUGGAAAUAUAAACGAAAUACUAUUUGUUUCACUCUAUUUAAAUGUAAUAAGAUUUUACACAAAAAAACAUGUUUAUAAAAUUGUUAAUAAAGUUUUUUUUGUUCUUUA